GGGGAAGGAGACGCACGCCGGCGGCCGCCCACCCACCCUCCACCUGGACUCCAUCCAGGGAUGCGGAGCUGGGGGAGGACGGCACCGCUGCCUGAUCUGCGCGAUGCCCGCCUGGGGCCGCAAGCGGAGUUCUCGCCGCGCGGCCAGCAUAUCUCGGGCUCAGGCGCACCGCGUCCAAGACGCACCGCAGCUCCCGGGACCUCCGGACUGGGUCUCGAGUCACCGCCCGCGGCCCACGGCGAUGAGCGCCGCCUCGUGGGCGCCCGCAGACCGCGCUGCGGAGGAGGCCGCCCAGGGCUGGGUGGACGAGGAGAGCAGCAGCCGAUGUUCGCCCCCGGGACGUCGAGGAAGCCGAGAGUCAGCGCUCCCGAGGUCGGCAGGCUCAAGUCCAACACGGGGCUGCGCCCCAGUCGCCCGCCGUGGCUCCUCGCGGCGGGCGCCGCGGCGGUGCUGGCGCUGGUGGCCCUCGCGGCGGUCGCGGCCGCCAAGGCCGGGCCAGCCCCCGAGAGCAGCCAGACUCGGGCAAGCCGGCGCACGGAGGUGGUCGUGAGCCACCCAGUCGUGGGCCACCCUCCCGAGCACAUGAGGACCCGGGGGACCCAGGCCCCGACGCCGUCGCCUGGCGUGAAGCACCCGCUCAACAUCGGGAACGUGCUGGGCUCGCCCCUCGUCGUGCCGCCGGCAGGCCCCGCACGAGGCCUGGACGCCGGUGCGGUCGAGGCGAGCCUGGGGCAGCGGCCAGCGAGGCUGACCAUCGGGCACCCACCGGAGCGCACGCAGACGCUGGCGCCCAGGGCUGACGCGGCCGCGCCGUAG